AUGAUAGGCUCCACCCCCGCCGCCCGCAGCAUUGUGCGCGGAUUCCCUGGCACGCCUGUCACGUCUGGUGACGAGGAUUCCGACUAUGGAGGAGGUCCAGGCCGGGUCACGCUUCCCAAGGCCAAUCGACGCGGCCGUCACCGUAUCGACGACGUCGUCAGCGCCAACUGCAGCCCCGUCAUGCGUCCUACGCCCUCGCCUAGCGUCUCGGGCAUCGCAAAGCUUCGCAUGCAGAUGGACCCGCUCAGCCUCGAUUCUGCUGCCGCCUCGCGCUCGAGCUCGGUCACACGCCUGCAUACAGCAAGAGGAGCACCGGAGAACGGCUCCGCGCUGGGCCACGAACUCAGCAGCCGCUCCCAGAGUCGCGACGGCGCCCAGAGCGAGGCCGGUAGCGAGGGCUCCGAGACGACGGCCGCCUCGACCGAGUACGAAGUCAACCUCGAGCAUGACUUUGUGAGCGAGAGUGUGCACGACCGCUCCGGUAUCAUGGAGGCACUCGAAGGCGGCCUUCAUCCCCGUCGCAAGAUGACUUCGGAGGAGUUUGAGCCCUUGCGGUGUCUAGGCAAGGGAACCUAUGGCACCGUGCUCCUCGUCAAGCAGCGUGCGACUGGCAAACUCUACGCCCAGAAGCAGCUCAAGAAGGCGUCGUUGGUUGUCCACCGAAAGCUCAUCGAGCAGACCAAGACGGAGAGGCAGAUCCUCGAGUCUGUCAAUAGGCACCCCUUUGUGGUCAAGCUCUUUUACGCCUUCCAGGACCACGAGAAACUCUACCUGAUUCUCGAGUACGGCCAGGGCGGCGAGCUCUUUACCCACCUCAACACGGAAAAGAUGUUCUCCGAGACCGUCGCCGCAUUUUACAUGGCCGAGAUGCUGCUCGCCAUUGCCCACCUGCACACCAACCUCGGCGUCGUCUACCGCGACCUCAAGCCCGAGAACUGCCUCCUCGACGCCGACGGCCACCUGCUGCUCACCGACUUUGGCCUGUCCAAGGUCAGCGCCGAGGAGUCGAGCGAGAACUGCCACUCCUUCCUCGGCACCGUCGAGUACAUGGCGCCCGAGGUCAUCCUCGGCAAAAAGUAUGGCAAGCCCGUCGACUGGUGGUCCUUUGGCGCCCUCGGCUACGACCUCAUGACGGGCAACCCGCCCUUUCGCGGCCAGAACCACGCCAAGAUCCAGGACAACAUUGUCAAGCAGAAGCUGUCGCUGCCCUACUUUCUCAGCGCCGACGCCAAGGACCUGCUCACGCGCCUGCUGCGCAAGGACCCCACCAAGCGCCUCGGCUCCAACAUGCCCAAGGACCUGCAGACGCUCAAGGCGCACCGCUUCUUCCGCAAGAUUGAUUGGAAGAGGCUCGCCGCCCGCGACCUCGAGCCCCCGAUCCAGCCCAUGAUCACCGACCCCGAGCUCGCCGAGAACUUUGCGCCCGAGUUUACCGACCUCGCGCUCAGCCCCUCGGUCAUGACCAUCAAGGAUCCGUGGGGGGCUGCUCCCUCGUCCUCGGCCAAGGACGACGUCUUUGGCGGCUUCAGCUUUGUCGCCUCGUCCAGCCUCCUCGAGGCUCAUGCGUUUCCUCUGGCGGCGGGCGGUGAGCAAGCCGCUUGA